AUGUAAAAAUUUGCACUUAAUUGGAAAGAAGGAUUAGAAUAUCUAAUAAAUUAAGGAAUAUUAGAAGAAAAUAAGUAUAAAUUAUAUUAAUAUUUAGUCAUGCUUAAAUUGCUUAAUUUUUACAUGAUAAUCCAUUUAAUAAGGAAUAAUUGGGAUAAUUCUUUGGUUCUAGUAAAGAGAAUCAUUAAUUAAUAUUUUAAAUCUAUUCAUAAUCAAUUGAUUUUAAAGGAUAACAUAUAGUAGAUGCUUUAAGGAAAUAUCUUAAUUAUUUUACAUUGCCAGGAGAAGCAUAGUAAGUAGAUAGAUGUAUGUUGGUAUUUUCUUAGAAAUUUUUUUAAGAUAAUCCUGGUGAUGUAUUCAAGACUAGUGAUGAAACAUAUGUCUUUUCAUAUCUGUUAAUUAUUUUGUAGACUGAUAUCUAUAAUAAAUCAGUUAAAACGAAAAUGACAUUUUAACAAUUUUGUAAAUCUUCAAAAUUAUCUAUGGAAAGAGAUUUAGGGGAAGAAUAUUUGAGAUAUUGUUAUGAUUAAAUUUUAUAAGAACCAUUAGCUAUUCAUUCAAGUAUUGAAAAGUAGUAGAAUUCUCAAAUAAAUUGGAUGAAUUUGGAGAGGAAAUCAUUACAAUAGAAAAUCUAUAUUUUUAUGCCUCGAAUAGAUUAUAUAAAAUUAUUUAUGGAAGUAUUUUGGCCAGCUUUAUUUGUUAAUUUGAAUGUAACAAUUGAGAGAACAGAAAAUGUGUAAAUAAUAUCAAUUGCUAUGUAAAAUGCUACUUAUACACUCUAAUUAAUGAGUAUGGUUGGUAUUUGUGAUCUAUGUUAACAAUUCAUUUAAUGGUUAUGUUAAUUGGCUUCAUUGGAAAAUAAAUAAUUAAAAUAAAAAAAUUAUAAGGCUUUAUAGUGUAUAAUAGAUUUAGCUAUAAAAAAUGGUAAUGCUUUAAAAAACAAUUGGAGACCAGUACUGGAAAUAAUUAGUUCAAUUAAUUAUUUAUUAAAUGAAAAAUAAAAAGGUAAAAUCCUAUAGGAACCUCUAGAAAGUAUAAGCAAAAAUAUUCAAAAUAUAAUUGAUAUUUCUAGUAUUGAUAAAGUAAUGUAGAAUACAAGUAAUAUGGACUCUAGAACUAUAUUGGAUUUUUUAUAAUCUUUAAUUGAUGUGUCUCUAAAUGAAAUUACAUUACCAGAACCAAGGAUUUUUAGUUUAUAGAGAUUAGUUGAAGUGACUAGUUUUAAUAUGGAUAGAAUAAGAUUGAUAUGGAUGUAGAUUUGGAAUUUAUUGAAGGCUCAUUUUGUUACAGCUGGUAUUCAUGCAAAUUCUGAUAUAUCUUUAUAUGCUUGUGAUCAAUUAAAAUAAAUGAGUGUAAAGUUUAUUUAACAAUACGAACAUAAUAACUUUAAAUUUUAAAUGGAAUUUCUAUAACCAUUUGAAUUAAUAUAUGCAUAAACAUAAUUUUCAGAAGUAAAAGAAUUUAUAUUAUCUUGUAUGAGAAUGUUAGCUCAUAUGUGUUAUUAUAAAUUGAAGAGUGGAUGGAGAGUAGUAUUUAAAAUAAUUAAUUAAUCACUAUAAGAAUCUAUAGUGUUAGUAAAUAUAUCAAUAGAUGUCUUAAAUAAAGUAUUCAGUGAAGAUCUAAUUAAUUUAAAAGACAUUUUUGAUGAAAUUGAUUAAACAUUUUAAUUUCUUUUUAAUCGAGAAGAAUAACAUGUUUUAUUGAAGGGAAUUGAAUAUGUUCAAAAUGCAGUAGAUUCAUUAAUGAAACAUGAUAAUAAUUUGUAUUAUGCAUUUUGGAUGCAAUCAUUAGCUCAUAUAUGCAAUUUAUUCUAAAAUAAUCAAUAAUAAAUUUAAGAAUAAGCAAUUCAAUCAUUUUUUAAGAUAUUAAAAUCAAAUACACAAAAUAUUAAAGGACAUUAAUAUGUAUAAAUAAUGAAAGGAAUGAUGAAAGAAUUAUUUGUUUCAUUAAGCAAAGCUAAAAAAGAAAUAUGUCAAAUGGCUCAUAAAAGUCUAUUAGAAUUAGUGUUUGAUCAUGAUAUAAAGGAAGCUUACAAUGAAAUAUCAACUAUUUUAUUAAAUAGUACAUUCUAAACUAAUGAAUAUUUGGCAAAAACAAGUGUAAUGACAUUUAAAUCAAUUAUUAUAAAGGAAGGACAGAAAUUGGAUUGGAAUUAAACUAUUUAAAUUUUGGAUUUAAUGGUUUAGAAUACAACUCCAAAUGUUUUAUUUGAAGCAGCAUAAUUAGAUUAAUCAAUUAUAGAUGAUUUAUUAAGUUUAAAUCUACCAAAAAAUUAAAUUAGAUUAAAUUCUGAUUAAUUAACUUUGAAAUGCAUUUUAUAAUUAAUGUUAAUUGAUAUUAUUUAAGAUAUAGUAGAUCAUCAUAUUAAAUUACUUAAUGAAUAGACUUAUUAAUAUCUAUUAAAUAUUGCAUAGAAUUUAUUUAAAAUGUCAUUUAGAUUUAAUAGAUAAAUAAAAUUAAGAUAUUUCUUAUAAUAAUAAGGAUUUAUGCCAAAUUUAUAGUAAUUACCUGGUUUAAUUAAAUAAGAAAAAUCAUCAGCAAUUGGUAUUUUAAAUCUACUUCAUAAAUAAUCUUUAGUUAAUGAAGUAUUAUUAAAAGAUUUGAUUUAAUUUAUUAUUGAAAUUUUAGAAGAUACUAAAUUAUUAGGAUAAAUAUAAGUUAACAAUUAAUUCAAAGGAGAAUUAGAAAAAAUUAUUAUAAAUAAUCUAUCUAUAAUAUAAAUGAGUGUAAUACCAAUUUUAGAUAAUUUAGAUUUAAAAAAAGUAAUUUAAUAUAUAAUUUAUAAUUUAGAUUUAAGAUAAAAUAAAAUCAUUAUUAAGUUAUUUUGUUUAAUUACCAUCUUGUUAUUCACUAUUAGUUAGUUAAUGUCCACAUUGUUAAACAUGUCCAUAUAAAUGUAUGUAGAAAUCAGAGUGGAAGAAAUUAUUUGAACAAAUUUAAUAAUUAUAGUUGAAAUUGAUAAGUUAAAUAUGA